UUUCUUCAAAUUGGCCAAGGAGUAUAUAAACGGGUGAAACGUGCCGUCUCUCAGAAUCAGAAAUCGUUUUGCUCUGCAAACUCUCAAAUCGUAAGAAAAUUACCAAGCCCUUUUUCGACUUUCGAGUCAACAAAAUAUUCUCCAAAAUGGUCAAGAUCGUUGCUAUCGUUGCCCUCUUCGCCUGUGUGGCGCUUGCUCUUGCUGCUGAACCAGCGAAAAAGGACGCCGCUGCAUCUUCGGACCUCCAAACUGCCAAUUCCUUCUAUGGUGGGUACGGUCUUGGCUAUGGGCUUGGAUACGGGGGGUACGGUUAUCCAGGAUUCUACGGUGGAUACGGCGGCUACGGCGGGUAUGGAUACCGAGGUUUCGGAUACCCAGGCUUCUACGGAGGUUAUGGAUUCUACGGAUAAGUUUUUUUUCCUCACAACUACGACGAGCACCCCGAUAAGUAUCACAAAGUAUUCAAUCAAUACACUACCUUUUGCCAUUUUGACAAUCAAUAGCAAUUAUCCAUAGUUCGUUUGUCCCUUUAUUUGUAUGUACAUAUUGGCGUAUUUAUUAUUAUAUGCAAUUGGCCAAAUUUGUUAACUCUUUCAUAUGAACGUGUUUUUUUAUAAUUUUGGUUUUUAAUUGGUAUUUCAAAAAAUGUAUCAUUUACUGAGUCUGCAAGUAUUGUAAAAAAAUUGACACCCCGACAAUAUUGAGAUUUGAUGAAUUUUUCAUUUUGAGUAAUAAAACUAAUUGGUUAUCAACUGAAA